AUGGCAGCCGCCACAGGUGACGAGCUCGCCCGUGGCACGGUCCGGAAGAUAGACUUCAUUCUCCUUCCGUUUCUGUCGCUGUUGUUUCUGGUAAACUCGCUGGACAGGUCCAACAUCGGCAAUGCCGAGACCGCCAAUUUUACCCGCGAUGCAGGACUGCAGAAGGGCGAUCUGAACGAUGCGAUGGCGUGGUUCUUCGUCUUCUUCGUUGCGCUGCAGCCGGUCGGUGCGGCGGCUGGGCGGAAGUUUGGAAUGAGCAUAUGGGUGCCGACUGUGAUGAGCCUGUGGGGGGUGUGCACUUUGCUGCACAUCUGGGUGAGGCGGCGGUGGCAGCUGAUUCUUAUUCGAAUUGUCUUGGGGACAUUAGAAGCGGGCUUCUAUCCCACAGCUGUGUCAUAUCUGUCGCUUUUUUACACGCGAUAUGAGUUUGGGCGGCGUCUAGGCCUAUUUUACGGGUCGUAUGGUGUGGCUGGUGCCCUUGGAGGUCUUUGUGCCUUCGUUGUGUUCUCCCGGUUUCCGUCUGACGACGACGAUGCAGCAAAACGACUGGACUCUCAUAGGUCGUGGAAACCUUGGCAAGUCCUCUUCCUAGUCGAAGGGCUUUUGACAAUUGUGAUUGCCCUUGUUGGCUUUCUCUGGCUGCCGAAGAGCGCCGGCACUGCGUGGUUCUUAAGUCCGGAAGAGAGAAAAUGUGCCCAGGUGCGUGUUGCUGCUGAUCGCGAAGUGGCUAAUCAGCAUCGAUCGGAAACGGCAUCGACUACGGACAUCGGCACGGAAGAGGAAUUCCUUGAAGAAGACGCAGAGCAGUCUCGCAGAUUACUGGAAGACGAGCAGACAAUGACCGAGAACAGGGCUAUCGUUGCUGGCAGUGAUGCAUUCACCACAGAUGCUGGGUUAUCUAAGUCGGAGAUGCUCUCGACCAUCUUGUUUCUACCGAUGAUUCUCCCUAUCCUCAUCCUAAACAUAGCGUCUGCAAUUCCGAGUACAGGCUUUUCUAUCUUCCUCCCGAUAGUUCUAUCCUCGAUGGGGCUCUCGUCUCCGGUACACAGCAACCUCCUUACAGUACCUCCGUUUCUUCUAGCGUCGAUAACUCUCUAUCUCUUCAUGCAUUGGAGUGAUAGGUCACACAACCGCUUUCGACCUAUACUGGUCAGCCUCGGCGUCAUUAUGGCUGGACUUGCUCUCACUCUUUUACUCUCCCCGCCCUCGGGCCCUACCGGAACUACAAUGCUUUAUUUCUGCAUGUGUCUGCUUUUGAGCGGCUGCUUCAUCCCAAGUCCCCUCACCGUCGCGUGGUAUGCGGGGAAUAUCCCCGACCCCGGAAAACGAGCGAUCGUCCUUGGCAUCAAUGGUUAUGGAAAUCUGGCCGGAGUGUUUGCCACUCAGAUAUUUGCCCCCAAGUACCAAGAAGAUGGAUUCCGGAUCCCGUUCCUGAUCACCUUUGUGAUUAUUCUCUUGAGCCUUCUUGGGUUCGCUGGGCUCAGAGGUGUGCUUGGACUGAUCAACGGAGCACGGAAACGAUAUCUACUUGGAUGGUCCGAGGCCGAUAUUGCGGAUGAGCAAUCUUCGGGAAUGGGCAGGAAGCAAAGCUGGGGCGAAAGGGCACCACCUCUGGUGAUUGUUGGGGGAAGCCUCUGGGACAAAUACGUGAGAUAUUAUGUUGGUAUGGGCCUUCUGGGUAUGGAUGCGGAGUCUAUCAAGGUUAGACGAGGAGACGAGAAGUUAACGUUUUCUUAUGGGUAUUAA